AUCUAUUUAUUUACUGUAUCUAUCAUAAUAUGACAUAACUAUUGUUGACAAAGCAUCACUAUCAACUGAAUUCAGCUCAAAAUUAUUUUUCCUUCGCAAUGGUUUAUUGUUGCUUACAGAUAUACAUUAAAUUCCCUUCUAUAAUAGUGUCUGCACCCGACUCCAUUAUCCCAAAACAGAUUUUUAAUAUUGUUCCUAUCAAUAUUUUAAUAAACACACGAUUGUAUAUACAACCGUGAUUAAACAGAAGGUUAAACGUAGGUAUAUCGUCAUAUAGGUAGAUACUUAAAAGUAUGUACUAAAACCAAUGAUAAAUAAUUACAUUCAAAUGAUGUUCGUUAAUAUAACAUAAUAUUAAAAUAACUCUCUAAUUAGUAGGGAAUAAAAAAAAUAUUUAGUUUAACCGAAGUUACUUAUUUUUAUGUUACAAAGUUUUUAGUUUUUUACACAGUCAGUGACAGUUAUGUAAAACUUGUUUAUAAGACCGUGAUAACAGACGACAGUUAUUGUAUCUUGUGUAGUUUAUUAUUACUAUAAUAGUAUAAUAGCCCGCAAUAUCCUCAACAACCCUCUUACACUUUACCAAGCACUCAACGAAGAGAACACGACAGCAAUCAUCACAUUUUUCAAAAUCAUAAACUUAAGUCAUAGAUUAUAAUCUUUUUAAAAUAUGUCAAUACUUACAUUAUCUCACCAUUGUCAAAUUUAAUUUAUUAGUGUGUAUAUAUUUUUAUCUAAUACUUUGUUAACACUAAAUACAGGCUAAAAACCUUUGUCGUUGAAGCCUUAAUAAAUUUAUAAAAAAAAAAAAAAUAAUAUAAUAGUGAUUAUAGUGUUAUACAUUUUGACCUUUUCCUCGGCACCAGUUAGUAGAUAAUAAAGAAUUAUCUAUGUCGGCACCGCCUAUUUUUUUGUUUAUUAGACAUUAGUGGUAUGUUGAUAGUACUUACUUGAUAUUGAAACUUAUUUUAUUUAUAUUAUAUUUUUUUAAUUGUAACUUUUAAUCAACUUUAUUUAAUUACUUUGUAUUAAUUACCAUAAUUCAUUAAAUUAAUAAUAGAGGUAUAAUAAUUGACUUACAUUUGUUUUAUCAUUUAAUGUCUCUAAUAUUAUCAAAUUAUAAUUUAGGAAUGAAAUAUUUGUUUAAUAUUUAUUUUAAAAAUUUGAUUUUGAAUAUUUUUAUUAAUAUUGAAUGUUUCAAAUUUUACAUGAAACAUUAGCUGCUUAAGUGUUGGAUCGCUUUUUUUUCUAUUAUCUUUAUUUGUUCUAUGUUUCUGAGAUAAUCAUUUUCUUACAUAACAUAAUGAAUUGUACACUCUAUUCACAUCACAAUAAUGGCCUAAUGACAAGAUCAUUGGAAAAAUUGUUAGAAGACGCUCAUUUAUGUGGUGAAUUGAAACUUGGUGGACGAAAAUUAAAGGAAUUUCCUAUAACAAACAAAUAUGAUUUGUCUGAUACAACUAUUGCAGGUAAAUAUAAUAAAAUUCCUACUACCUAUUUAUAAUUGUUAUAUGCCUAGUUAUCAUUUAGUAGUUUAAAUGAGAUUAUGUUAUUUAUGUUAAUUUGUUUUAGAUCUCUCAAAAAAUUGCUUUACUCACUUUCCUUCCCAAGUAAUUCAUUUCUGGUCACUAGAAUAUCUCAACCUUUAUCAUAAUGCCAUACGAUCAAUACCAAAUUCUGUCACAUCCCUUCAAUCAUUGGUGCACCUUGAUCUCAGGUUAGUGUUUAAAAAUUGUUUGUCAUUAUAAUUAUCUCAUUUUUCUACUCUUUUUUUUAUAGUUUAUUUUCAUAUAACUUGUAUUUUAAUCAUAUUUAACCACCUGAUUUCUGUAUAAUUUUAAUAUUUCAUAAAAAGUUUUAUUUCCCAAUAAUAAUAAUACCAUGGUAGGUUCAUAAUUUGUUUGCAAAAAUUUGAUAUAUUAAGUACCUAUCAUUUUUAUUAAAAAUAUUUUAUUUGGUUAAUAUAUUGUAUUUAUUUAUUUAUUUUUAUUUUUAGUCGAAAUCAUUUAAAAUAUAUUCCUUCAGUUUUGUGUCAGUUACCUCUUGAAGUUUUAUUGUUAUCGAAUAACAAACUUAGUCAAUUACCUACCGAAAUUGGAUUCUGCAAAACCCUUAUCGAAUUAGAUGUGAGCUGUAAUGUGCUAACUAAUUUACCACCUCAAUUGGGUCAACUAUCUUCAUUAAAAUGCUUAAAUGCACAAAAUAAUCUAAUUAUUGAGUUACCAUUAGGUAAGUAAAACAUUAUAUAUUUUCUUGUGGCCUUAAUUAAACAUUUUAACCAAUUAUAUUUGGUAAAAAAUAUACUAAUUCAUUUUAAAUGAUUGCCCUUUCAACAGUUAUACCUAUUAAUAAUUUAUUUUAUUUUGUACCUACCCAUACAAAUAAGAUUGUAACAAAAAAAAGAUUGCUAGAAUAAGAGAGCUCCAUUAUUGGUGUCAAAUUUUCUUCCAGUUUACUUGUUUUUUACAAUAUGUAUUUAAAAUUUUUAUAAUACAUGCUAUUAAUGUGAUAAUAAUAUAAUUAUCAGGAAUUGCGUUUGGUUCCAAACAAACUUAUUUUAACACGGGAUUCAAUAGGACAAAUUUUAUUUUUGAUCUAUAAAAAUACAAAUCUUAUAAUUGUUAGAUGGUAUGUUUUGAGUAGCUAAAAAUUAAAUUAAGAUACCGCGGUUUUAUCAAAACUGUAAUAUUUGAGUUUGUUUACCUUUAAUUGGUGAAAAAAACAUUAACAGAAAUAGGUUCUAUUCCAUUUUUUCCAUUUUAGUAGGUACCAUCUUAUAAUUAUAUAUUUAUAUUGAAUAUUUUUGUGGAUUUACUAUUUACUUUUAUUAUUAAUUCUUAGUCAUUUUUUUAUAUACAGUAAUUUUACAAUACUGUGGUGUUUUAUUGUUGAGAGAAGCACAGGAAUGCUCAAUUAGACCUUUAACUUCUACAUAGUUUGAUGAUAUUUCUUUUAUUAAAUAGAAGUCAAUAAGAUCAGGUAGUUUAUUUGGGUCAGUUGGCCAGUAGGUUGGUUUUUUAGUUUAGAUGAAUAAAAUUGUGCUUUAAUUUUAUUUACAGAUUUACAUAAACCACGCACUUUGAUGAUGAUCAAUCUCGAUUCCCAGAAAAUAUGUUUGACAUUAUAAAUGCCUCUGGCAAUAAAUCUACUACCCAGAGUCCGGAAGAAUUCAGUUAACUUGUUGUCAUCUACUUAAUAUUGUAGUGGACAAUAUAUAGCAGACAUAGUUAUUGCCGUCAUAUUUAUACGAACACUUGUUACUUGUAAAUAUUAUUGAGAAUGUUUUUCAAGUUCAUAGUGUUUGAUUGAUUCUUUUAUUAUCACUGCAGUCCCUCCAUGAGCAGGAUUGCUUGGAUGUUCUGUUGUAUAUAUUUGAUAUCAAUGUAUCUUUAGACUAGUCUACAUUGUAAUGUGUUUCUGAAAUUAGAGCUAUGUCUAAUUUUUCAUUUUGCAUAAGAUGUUCAAGUUCUUGUUUUCGCUGUAGAAGCCCGUUAGUAUUCCAUGUUACAAUUCAAAGUGUCCAACUUAUUUUGUUAUUUUUUUGUAUUUUGCUUUUUGAUUGGUUAUUUUAGGGUGUAAUCCACGAAUUACCACUAAAAACUUUUUCUUUGUUUUAUGUUGGCAUCUAUGUUACUCAAAUUUUUGUUCUUUUAAUACUUUUAUAGUUCGUCGAAACUGGUGUUCAUCGCCUGUUAGUGCCUUAAUUUCCCAAUUUGUCAAGGUUUUUAAUUGUUGUUCGUGUCCUUCAGCUUCGAGUUUCAGAUUAUUCAUUAGUUUUUUAAAAUCAUUUAUACCACAUACUAUUAUUGGAGGUGAUUUGUGGAUUUUUAUAGAAAUUCUCGCAAUUUUUAUCUCAUUUUUAUUGCAUUUUUAGGGAGGCUCAAAUUGUCUUUAGGGCUUCUAGUGGUCAUUUCAGAAAUUUGAAGUUGUAAUUUUUCCAUUGCUCUAUUGCAAUUUCGCUAUCAUUUGUUUCAAGGCCGAAUUAUCAUUUUGAAUUUGUGUCCAAAUACUUGCAUUAAAUACAAUAUUUUGUGGCAAUAAAAUACAUUGUAAUUUAAUCAGUUUACAUUUGACCCACUUAAAAUAUGUUUGCUUAUAAAAACUGUCAUUUUCUACAUUAUAAACAUUGACAUUAAAAAAAUAAUAACUGAAACAGUACUAUUUUUAUUGUAAAAACAAAACAUAUAUGUUGCUUUUUUAGUAUACAAAUAGCAACUGCUAUAUUAAACUUAUUUUUUAAAUUUUUUUUUCUGAUCACUAAGUACAAAUUAUUACUGAGACUGUGGUAUGGUAGUGUAACAAGGUAUUCUGCUACAUUUUUAGAGGACCAAAUAUUGACUUUUUUUGCACCAUGCUUGAAAUCAUUAUCCUGUGUAAAUAUAUAAUUGACUUUAAUGUUAAUUUUAUGGACACUAGCUGCAAGAUAUGUUUGCAAAGUAUGUAAAUAAAUAUCCUGGUUCAUAAUCCUAUCAAUAAAGUCUAAGUUUCUGAAACUAUAAUGACUCAUAUAGCCUUGAACUAAUAUAGAACUAUUAUCCAUGUUUAACGGUAGGUUGUAAAUACUUUGGUUACACAUGAAAACUAAGGAGGAUGCAUUUCUGUUCUGAAAAUGACUCAUUGUGGCCCCUCAAAAUGAAAUCCAUCAGGGAGCGUAGCAUAUUUGAUUUCGUGUUUUCAUUAAGAUUAAUAUGAUUUACAUUAAAAUAUUACCUAAAAAUCAAGCAUAAAAAAUUAUAUAUUUUUUAGUAAAUUAUCAUGUACAUUCUUGGUAUAGUAAACAGUAAUAAUUAUAGUAAUAAAUUUAGUAAUUUUAAUUAAUAAAAUAUCUAUAUAUUUGUUGCAAUUUAUAAUAUUCUAACAGGUAGGUAGAGGUGCACUAUUUUAUUAACUAAUUAAUCAUAAGUUGAGGUCUAAGUUUUGGGGAUCAAUUAUCACUUAUUUUUUGAUAAUAUGUAUAUAUUAUCAAAAAAUACUACAAUAUUAAUAAUUAAAGCAAAUAAAUUUUGUGGUUGAAUAAUUGUAUUAAAAAAUAAACUAUAAUAAACUAUUCUAAGUAUAGUAUAUAUUUAAUUUAUAUUUAAGUUUAUAUAGCUAGUAAUUUAUUAUUUAUGGAAUUUUGAAAAACUUUUUUUGUUGUUUUUUGAUUUUCAAUGUAGUUUUUUAAUAAUUGAGCAAAGCCUAAAAAAAUAUAGAUAGAACUGGAAAAUGUACUAAAAUAAUGAUUUUAAAAUUUUUAAUUUUGUUUUUUGUUGUAAUUAAGUUGAAAAUAUUUAUAGAGACUUAAAAUUUGGUGAGAAAACUUUCAUUUAUUUUUUCUAGACAUAGUAAAAUUUUCAAAAAAUUUAAGCCAUUUUUGAUCUAUUUAUAGACAUUUUAAUUUUGCGAGUUUUGUACAUUAUUUUUAUUCAGUAGGUACUCUAUGGUAAAAAUGUUAGAUUUGAACAGAAGUGCUUGAAAAUUUAACAGGAGGUUUAUUAAGAGUCUUACUUAGUAGUAAAAAAAAAAAAAAAAAAAAACUAGAAUUUAAUGUAGAUAAUACUACAUUAAUAGUAGUAAGUAAUAGUAGUAAUAUCAAAUUUUGAUGGUUUUAAUAGUGGCUGUACUUGUCUCUAUUAUCCUAGGACAUGUUUUUUUCUUUUUUAUAAGAAUUGUAGUUAAAUAUUUGUUGUUUCUUAGAGGUAUAAAUUAAAUAACUUUAUAUAUCUUACCUUCCCGACUUCUCACCUACAAUGGUGAUUCAUUAUUAUUAAUUUAAAAAAAUAGCUGAUACUGCUUAUAAAUGUGACAAUUUUGUCAGUGGGAAGUUGGAGAGGUAAAUUAUUGCUAACAGAAUAGGAUUGUGAGUAGAGCUUGGUUAAGUCAUUCUUUAAAACUAGUUACACCAAAACCCAUGUAGUAAAACAGCAGUAUCAUUCCAAUACCCCAUCUAUACAGCUACCACACCAGCAUAUAUAGCUUUCUCUAUGAACUGGUGGUACUGUACAUAACCAUCUAAAUUACCCCCUCACCACUAUCACUAGAAUGCUUGAAAUUUUUGAAAGGCUAUUUAUUAUUCUGUGGACAUUAUGAAUAUUAAUAAUUUAAACAGAAUAAGAUAAAAAAAAAAAAAUCAAAAAUAAUGAAAUCUUACAUUUUCUUAGUUUUCCUAAUUAUUAAGAGAACUACAAGAAAAAUCAAAAACUGACGGUCCCAAUACACCAACUAGAUCCCAAAAACAUGGUACAAAAAUCCCUNUGAUUGGUAGGUAACAUUGGACUGUUAACUCACAUAUAGGUCACAUAUUGGCCCACUACCCAAAUAAUAAAUAAAAUAUAUUAUAAUAUAUGAAUAUGUCAUAUGAAACAAUAAUAAUAAUAAUAAAAGAAAAUAUAAAUUUAUACAAACUUGUAUAAGUACAUGUGUUAACAAGGUAUAUAACACCCCUUCUCCUCCCCUUAAAAAAACCAAAAACUUGUGCUUGAGGUAAGUCAGAUCACUAUAUCUUAUUUUACCAACUUUGUUCAAUUUAUUGUAUAAUUUUAAAACUAUAACAUUGUCAACCUACCAUAUGAAAUGUGAUGAUCAUUUAAAUGAUAAAUUAUAUUUGAAUGAAUUUAAAAUAAUUUUUACAGAAUUAACAUAUAUAAAAUUAGCAAGACUAAAUGUCAGUUUGAACAGAAUCGCAUCUUUACCAGUUGAGCUGCGGUUAAUGACAAAUUUAGAAUGUUUAGAAGUUGCUAAUAAUCCACUAAUAUCACCUCCUACAUCUGUAAGAUUUGCAUAAUUUUUGUUUUGUUAUCCAUUGUAAACUAUUUUAACCAUACUUUAAGUGUAUUAUGUUAUUAAACCAUUUUUUGUUUUUAAAUAUUGUAGAUUUGUAUUAAAGGCCGCAUUCAUAUAUUUAAAUGGCUGGAAAUUAAAAGCAUAAAAGAUGGGCGUCAUCGAGGAUCUUCAUGGAAAUUCAACUCUCUUAAAAGCUAUAGUCAAAGUAUAGAGGACAAUUUAACUUUAUCUGAAACAACUACUGCUCUUCAUUCUUCAGACGAGGUUUAGUUUUAUUUUUGUAAUAUAUUAAUUCAAUUAUUAUAAAUAAUUGUUAUGUGAAUUUAAUUUAGGGUGUAAAUGGAAGCAUGGAGUAUUUGUAUAAGUCUGAAAGAAAAUAUAAGGAACUUAAUGGUUAUAAUAACACUAGGUUUGUAGUAUAAUAAUAUAUAUUUUUUUUUAUGAUUUAUAAAUAAAAUAACAGAAUAUUAAAACUGUUUUUAUUUACAGCCCUGAAUUUAUUAGAGUUGGUAAAAAUAUUGAUAGUACAAUUCCAAUUAAUAAUACAUCACUAAUGCUUAAUGAUAAACCAAUUCAUCAUACUCAAAGCUAUAGGUUUGUCAAGAUGAUUUAUAAUUAUGAAUUGGGCCCAAAUUUAUAUGCACUGCAAUUUUUCAACAAUUCAAAAAUGUUGUGUUAAACAUGUUGUUACCACCUAUUUGGGAUGGUUUAUUUUGUUUAUUUAUUUUAUCCCUAUAUUACUAUAGUAUUGGUUUCCAGCAACAUUCAUAAGCUAUAUUCAUAGCUUUACAUCAUACAUUUAUUUACUCAAUCCAUAAAACAAAGCUAUUUUGUCCUCAUCAUUUUUCACUUGAUAAAAAUAAACAUAGAUUAAUUAUAUUCAAAAUUUUAAUAAAAAAAAAAGGAGUGAUAUCCCAAUAAAAACCCUAUGUCAACUUCGUAUAAAAACCUUUCUAAGAAAAAAAAAAUCAAGUUAGAAAAGUUGUAAUAUCAAAAAGGAAAACAAUCUAUGCUAAAUUCAUAAGCAUAAGAAUUGUUUAUAAUUGUUUGUAUUUGAUGAAAUGCAAUAAUAGAAUGCAAAUAAUUUAACUUAGCUUGGUGGCUACUCAUAGUAUGUACUUAAAUAGUGUUAUGAUAAUAUUAAUAAACUCAUAAAAUGGGGAUGUAAAUAUUCAUGUCGUCAUUGUAUCUUUAUUUGUAGUCACAAAUAUUAGUAACCGCCAAGCUAAGUUAAAUUAUUUGUAUUAAAUUAUUGCACUUCAUUUCUAGACUAAUGAAUUUAAGAAAUUACUUAGCCCCUUUUUAAUAUCACAACUUUUUUAAUUUGAGUUUUUUUUCUUAGCGAGGUAUUUAUAUGUAGUUUGCCAAUGGUUUUUAUUGAGAUAGGACUUACCAGAAAAAAAAAAUGUAAAUGCAUAUAAAUCCAAGCCAUUAUUUAUUUAUUACAAGCUAUUUAUUACAUAUAUGUUGUUAUUUGUUGUAUAUUUGUUAUAAUAGAGAGUACAAAGAGUUUCUUAAACAACAACGUACACAAGAAUCUAUUUAUAAAAAUAAAACAAAAACCACUGAUAAUAAUUUCGACCAAAAAGUUUGUAAUUUCAUAUUACUUUAUUUUAUUUUAAAUUUGAUUGCAACUUAGGAAAUAUUUAUAAAUUAUUAACAGGAUAUCAGUCCAUAUGUUAAACCAACUACACCUGAAAUAAUAACAACACCCGUCAAUAAUCUUUCAUUACAAGUACCAUUAAAUUCUAGUCCAAGCAUAUGGUCUAAGAAUAAUACACAAGCUACUAAAAAUAAACUUCAAUUUACAAUGAAACGUGAGUAUGAAAGAGCUAAAGAAGAAGCUGAACUUUUAAAACAGUUACGACAUGUAAGUACUUAUAUCUUAAUUAUUUAAUAUUCAUCUAUAAAAUAAUAAUUGUUUAUAUUUUAGACUAUUGAAUCACGAUUGAAAAUGUCUCUGCCAAGUGAAUUAUCUUCUGCAUUGAGUGAUGGCGUUGUUCUCUGUUAUUUGGCCAACCAUGUUAAACCUAGAUCUGUUGGUAGUAUUCAUGUACCUUCACCAGCAGUGGUAAAUGUUUUUAAACUAUUUUAAUUUAUGCAAUUUUAAAAUGUAUUUAAUAAUUAUAGCCCAAACUGACAAUGGCUAGGUGUAGACGAAAUGUAGACAAUUUUUUGGAAGCAUGUCGUAAAAUUGGUGUGAAAGAGGUAAACAAUUUAUGUAUUUAUGAAUAAUGUAAUCUAUACUAAGACUUUUUUAUAAAAUGUUUUAGAAAUUAAUUUGUUGUGCUGUGGAUAUCUUAGAGGGAAAAGGCAUUGUUCAACUGGCGAUUACAGUUGGUGAACUUAUAAAAUUUCAUACUCCUAAAUCUCCAGUGCAAAUUGUUAAUGUGCCAUCACUUUUAAAUAUAUAAUUCUGUGCUUGAUAAUAGCCUUCAAAUGAUCAAUUAUUGACUGAUAAAAUCAUCAACGAAACUCUAUUUUAAAAUUAAAGACUGUUAAUUUCAGUGGUUUAGUAUAAGUAAAUGAAAAAAAAACCCUCAGGAUUUUCAUUAUGAGGCUGAUACUAGAUUCAUUUAAACAUUUUUAUAAUCAAAACAUAAUAUUUUAAAUACCACUAAUUUAGAGUACACUACUUACACUACUUAUUAAUCUUCCUGAGGUGUAUAUGAUAAUUUGUAUUAUUUUUUAAAACUUCCUAUAAGCCUGUAUUAAAAUUUAAUAUAUUGUCAUUCCUAAAUAAAUUGGUUGUUUAUUAUUUUAAAGACAUUUUUUUGGCUGUAUUUAGAUAUUUGAAUUAUUAUAUUUUUAAUGUAAAACAUUUAUUAUUUAUUUAAUUUAAUUGUACACUAUAUUUUGUUUUAUAAAAUAUUAGUUAACUUAACUUUAAUUUAUAUACC